CAAAUAGGAUAGGGGAUCGGAACUGUACCGUGUUCAGUCAGCUUUCUCUGGAGACUGCUUCGUUUGACAUAUCACGUUUUGAAAACAUGAGUCUGUCUCCGUCCCAGGAAGAAGCUGCCUCUUCCUCUCCUGAGAGUCCCAGAGAAGGUGACUUCUCCUCUCGACAGCUUUAUGACAACUCGGAGAGCCUGGAGGAGCAUGAGACAUGUGACGACAAGAGAGGCCCCAUUGUUAAUAACGUAGCCGACAACUACUCCAGCUCCCCUUCCGAAGCUCAGAUCUGUGCUUCGCCGGUGACAAAUGACCUUGAGAAUGUACGUGCUGGCAUUUCUUCUGAGGAGCAGAUUGAAGAAAGGCACUCAAGAGAACCAGAAGAUUCAAGUACAGCGUCGCUAGAAGAGAAACUCCCAGACUCACCGCAUUUCAUGGAGGUCUGCUCACUGGAUGGAAGAUUUAUUACGCUGGUGAGCACUGAAACGCAGACAGAUUGGGAGAAGGUGGAGCAGUGCUUCUCUUGCAGCUGUCAAGUUCAAAAGAAAGCGGAGACUCUCCAGAUGUGGCAAGAUGAAAUGUACAGGGACGCUGUUGUGGUGUAUUUGGAGGAUGCAGGAGAGGGGGAGUAUGAUGGUCUUCAUCUGGGACUCCCUCGUGUCAUAGCAUGCAGGCGAGAGCCAAAGUUCGCUCCUCGUGUUUUCCAGCUGGAGCUUCCAGGAAUUAAGAUUAGGAGGAAGAAAAUUCUUCGUAAAAAAACUUCUAGCAAACCUCUGUGUGAGUUCUGUCAGCAGAAUCUGCGUUUUCAGCGUUUACAGUCCAUUUCAAUCAUCAAAUCACAGAAAGAGGAGGUCCUCUUAGACAGAGACAUCUAUUAUGAGGAAGCUAAAGAAUUUGAAGAAAUCUUGCAAAAGGAAAAGGAGAGACUGGAACGGAAAUACACUGGUAUAUCGUUUGAGGUGGAUGAAUGUAUGUCUAUGAACAGACAGGAGUGGGAGACUGAAGAAGAAGAACAUAGAGGAUUGAUGAAACGUUUGCAUCACCAGAGAAAAAGACGAUUUGAGACUCCAGGUAUACAAGUAAACUUCUUUAGAAAAAGAAGCCAACAAGAUUCUGUGAAGCACGUUGCAUACUAA